CGCGCGCCAGAAGUGCCUCCGCUCGGCCGCCGUAGCGCGCGCGAAAGCAGGGAGCGCGGCCUCGCGUUGCCAUGGCGGCGGUCGAGGGGCGCGGAGGGGAAGGGGUGCUGUGGGGCUCUCGCGGCCCGGGGCGCCCCGCCAUGGAGGACGAGCUUUACCUGGAGAACAUCGACGAGUUCGUCACGGACCAGAACCGAGUCGUAACCUACAAAUGGCUGAGCUUUACUUUAGGAGUCCAUGUGAAUCAAGCAAAGCAGAUGUUAUAUGACUAUGUAGAAAGGAAACGGAAGGAGAAUUCAGGAGCCCAGUUGCACGUCACCUAUUUACUGGCAGGGAACCUUGUUCAGAACGGGCACACUUACCAUAAGGUUACAGUAGUGAGAGAAGAUAAGUUAGAAGCCAUGAAAUCAAAGCUGUCCACGGUCAUCAGUGUGCAUGUCUACAGCAUCCAGAAGGCCCUGCUGAAGGACAGCAGCCCCCUCUUCAACACCGACUACGAUAUCCUCAGGGCAAACCUCGAGAACUGCAGCAAGUUUAGUGCCAUUUGCUGUGCUGCUGCAGUCACCAGGCCUGUUUCUGAAAGCUCUCAGGCUGAGAGUCCUGCCCAGGCCCCCCCCCGGCCCCCCCCGGCCUCAAACACGCUCGAUGCUCCCAUGGUCAAUGGCCACGCUCCAGGCACGUCUUCGAAGCCGCCCUCCCAGCAGAUGAAGGGCAUUAUGGGAAUGUUUGCACCCAGAGCAACCACCAAGCCCAAGAACGGCCAUAAGGAAGCUAAACUGGAGGCUAAAGAGACACCCAGUGCUUCUGUGACAAACAGCAAACCCCUAGCGAAAGGAAAUAUGCUGAACAACUUCUUUGGAAGAGCUGCUAUGAGUAAAGAUGGCACAGUCAAUGCGGACCCUGAGCAGCAGAAGGAAGAGAGACCAGUUGCCAAGUCACCAGUUUCUUCCACGGACCCAAAGUCUCCGCUUAGUGCUCCUGGUUAUGAGAAGGCCAGCAAGGAGGCUGAGCCAGCCAGAGGGCAGCAGAAGGACAAGAAAAGAGCAAAGAGGACAGAGACGUCAGACGAUGAGGAGGAAGGAGCCGGGCGCUUGAAGAAGAAGAAGAGGAAAAGGCGUCGAAUCAGACAGCCUCAGACGGACAGCAGCAGUGAGGAUGAGGAUGCUCCCUCGUCACCUGCAACUUCUGAAGACUUUUCUCCUGAGCCAGCUCUGAAGCCACCGCCGCCACCACCGCCAGCACCUGCACCAGUGGAGUCUUCCAUGGGAGAGAAGAAACGCAAGCGGAAGCGUGUGUUGAAGUCCAAAACAUUUGUAGACGAAGAAGGCUGUAUAGUGACUGAGAAGGCCUACGAGAGCGAGUCCUGCUCGGGGAGCGAGGAGGAAUUCCGGACCAGGCCCGCUGCCGCUCACAAGUCUCCUCCCGGGGCUGCGAAGAAGGAGCCCAAAGAGGAGAAGAGAGGCACCAAGAAAGGAGGGCUUGCCCCUGGCAAGUCCAACAAGCAGGCCUCCAUCGUGGGCUUCUUCCAGAAGAAGUGAGCUCCCGUCCCUCGACAGUUGCAGAAGCCCCUGCUGAGCAGACCCCCACCUUGGAGGCACAGCGCUUGCUAUGUAAGUGAGCUCUCUGGAUCCGGAACGUGGGACUCGGGCACCACCUUGGAAAGCUUUUGACCCUGGAAUUAGAUGGACACCCGGUGCUGGAGACGUGCGCGGAGGAGCCACCUGGCGGCCUUUUGAACAGAAGACAGGCGCCCUCCCUUGAUUUUUUCAGGCAAACCGUUUGAGCUGCCUUGCCUCGGGCACAGCAGCUGCUCCUGUUGGCUCACAUCGCUCACUGUCAUUGAACUGCCGCCUGUCCUUCCCAGCGGUGGGUUUGGCAUCCCUUCCUGGAAGCGGGAAGAAGAGCCCCUGCUGGGAAGAGGUGCCACAGGUUGCCCUCACUGACAAAGAAGAGGUCCGUCCUGUGCCCGAGAAGACCCAUGUGGGACUUGACAGCCCCACAGGACUUGCAGCUGGAAGCACGCGGCCUCUCUUAAAGGGACCCCACCGCCUAGCCCAGUAUGGCCUGUCCCCUGGGAAUAAUUGGCAAGGCUGCUGUAGUGGAGGUGGGGGAGGGACACCUCCUUCUUCUAGAAGGCCCUGUAUUUGCUUCCGGUUCCUUCAGUGGGUCUGACUCAGCGUUUCUCUCCCACCAAAUCUUGCAACCAGUAUUGGAUCCAGAAAAAACUUGAUCAAGCCUCCAAAAAAUGUUGACUUUGGGGAUUAGCAGAGACUUGCUCUUUUGCAGUCUGUACAUGGAUUGGUGGUAGUGAAUUCCCCGGAAUGAGAAACCCUUCAGGAUUGGCCAGGAACACUUUUGUGGUUGAAGGCCCUGCUCAGUCCUCUACACUAGAGCUGAAAUGCCUGCAGGGGUUUCCCAGUGUGCUUACAGCGGUAUAGGGGGCCUGGUUCCCCACCCCCAAAGAGCGUUGCUUUGGUUUGGACCCUCUUUGAGGGGAGCAUUAUAGCAGCCCCUCUGUAAGCUGGGAUAAUGGGGUGCCUGGUUAAUUGGUGGCCUUUCCUUAUUACUGGGGUGGGGUCUGCUUAUAAAGGACACAGUUGGUAUUGAAGGAACAGAAGGCAGGCGCUUCUGGUUUGGAAGAUUCAGCUCCAAAGAAAUUAAAUGUAAGGGUCUACAGAGGCCUCAACCAUAAGUACGUCGGUCUGUCCUACUCUGGACAUUCUCAGCUGUUGGUGACAAGAACCACAACUGCCUCUCGGAUCAUCAUCUCACCUCCCUCUGGUGCAUCUCCAGAUCUCCACUUACCCAGGACAAGUUUUCCUAGGAGGGGGUAGCGUUCCUUUCACGGUUUUCCGCUGGAUUACAAGGCUGAUCUCAGAUGACGGGAAGAGAAAAGGAACAGGAAUCCAGAUCAGCUGUUCCCACACUACUCCACACAAGUAUUGUACAGACACACACACGGACACAGUUCGGUUCUGGCAGCAGUUGCAAUAUUUUUGCAGCCAUCCAGGCUACGUGUUUGGGCUGCAGAAAUCCAGAAGAUCCCUGGAUCAAGACGCCCAUUAUUAAGUCUUCUCUCCCAUCUUGUGGUUAUCUGGAUUUCUGCAGCCAAAUAUGGUAGCUCUAGUUCACCCCACCCCCCACCCCAAAGAUGGUUUACCGGAAGGUAUUGUCCAAAUAAACUUCCUCUGAACAUCCCUGAUGACUACUUAGAGUUAACUGGCCUUUUUGUGUGCUAGAAGGCUUGAGGGGAAGCAGCCUUCCUUUCCCACUAAAACAUGUUUUCGUACAGCAGCUUAGUCCUGAGAAAGUUUGACCCCAGCCUUGCUUCUGACAAGCAAUUUUAAUCCACUGCUUAAAAAUCAAAUCCAUCCCAAACUGUUCAGAAGCAAGAAAUGGCUGUUGCCUUAGGGCAGUGUUUCUCAACCUCGGGCACUUUAAGAUGUGUGGACUUCAAUGCCCAGAAUCCCCCAGCCAGCAAAUGGUUGAAGUCCACACAUCUUAAAGUGCCCGAGGUUGAGAAACACUGCCCUCGGAUGACCGCUGGCUUCAGUUUAAUAGCGGCUCAUGUUAUAAUGAAUGCACCUAGGCGAUAACAAUACAGGGCUUUGGAGCGGGGGGUCAACUUCAUAGCAGGAACCAGUCUGUAAUGUUACGCCAUUUUAUUCUUUCUGGAGUGGGAGGUGCUGUCAUUUUGUAUACCAAACACCAGGGUAGGAACUGAGAGUAGCUUUGUUGGGAUAAUUGGGGCGGGGGGGGGGGUUGGAUAGGGAGUAAGGGGGCCUCUCUUGGAAGAGGUUAAGAAAACUUGCCUUGCGUCUUCCUGAGUUGGUCAUCUUUUUAUUUCUUUUCUCCAGAAAGCAACACUUACAUUUUCCCCAAUUCUUUUUCAAGGAAUUUAUACUGGAAAAGCAAAGUGAAAUAAAGACAUGGUCUUCUGAUGCCA